AUGUCAACGUCCCACCUGCUGGAACCGCUAGAAUGUGAUGAGCAGCCCGAUAUCCAAACCCGUUUUGAAAGAUUUCAACAUGUCGUUUCUAAUUACUGGAAGAAUAUAUUGAUCGGACUGCUAUUUCAAAUUGUGUACUUGACCAUUGUCGUGUUUCUAACCUAUUUUUUGGCAAGAGAAAACAUAUGCGAAGCAGAUUCAACGUCUACAUCCACAAAAAGGUUACCAAUUUACAGUGCUUUUCCGACUUCAGCUCCUGGGGACUAUUCUUGUGCUGAUGGUUUUACCUAUGUCAAUCAUAAAUGUUGGAAGUUUGUCACUGGCCCACAGCGUAGAGCAGAUGCCGAUAAGGCUUGCUUUAAUCUCGACGGAUCUACACUUUUUUCAAUCAGAAAUGAACAGGAAAAUCAAGCAGCUCUGGAAUUUGUAAAAGAUCAAAAAGUCGAUAACCUGUGGACGGGCUUGAUGUACUAUGCGGAUGACCCUUUUUCAUGCACUUGGGAUGUUAACAGUGGAACCACGGAAGCCUACCAUAACUUUGCCGAGGAUCAUCCAAAUAAUGAGUAUGGAGACUGCAUUUAUUACAUGACAACUGGAACACAAGCCGGGAACUGGGCAAAUGGAUCGUGUACGGAGACUAUGAGUUUUGUGUGUGAGCUACCAGCAACUGUUUACGAUAAAAAUUGCAAAUACAACUACGAAAACUAUUGCUACACCCCAUACAAUCAAUUGGAAACUUCCAGAGAUGCGAAGAACUUUUGCGCAUCAUCGGGUUCCAAUUUGACAUCAAUUCAUUCCGCAAAUGAAAAUCGCUUUCUUGUGAGCAUUCUACCAUCUUAUUCAAUAAUUGUACUUGGUGGAUUUGCUUUUUCAAAGAAUGUUGUCCUAUGGCUUGAUGGAACACCUACGAUUUUCAUCAAUGCAAUAUUGAUUAAUAGAGGGAAUUGUCUUUUCCUCUCAAGCCAAAACGGACACUGGUUUGGUUACGAUUGUCUGACUGAAAAAGCACAUUUUGUUUGCAAGCAAAGAAUUUCGGGUCAAUAG